AGUGCCAUUUGAAAACAAUUAUAUAAAUGCCGAAACCUUCUCUCGAGACUUCACAAACUAAAUCAAGCUCCUAGCAGACAGAGCACGAAGUUGUUGGGCAUAUAUUAUUUCCCAUAAAAACUUGUGCCAAUGGCUUGCUUCAAGACCCUGGCUGUCCUGGCUUUUGCCCUUGUUCUAUGUGCCCAAGUCACUCGAGGAGAAAUCAGAUGCGAGCAUUUGGACCAAGACACAUGUUCUUAUGCAAUCUCAUCCACCGGCAAGCGCUGCGUACUUGAAAAGCAUGUCAAAAGGAGCGGUGAAGAAUCAUACACUUGCGGAACCUCUGAAAUUGAAGCUGAUAGAUUGAGGAACUGGAUCGAAACUGAUCAGUGCAUCAAAGCAUGUGGCCUCGACAGAAAAUCACUGGGAAUCUCAUCUGAUUCUCUCCUCGAGUCUCGCUUCACACAACAGCUCUGCUCUCCUCAGUGCUACGAUAGCUGCCCCAACAUUAUCGACCUUUACUUCAAUCUUGCGGCUGGAGAAGGUGUAUUUCUUCCCAAGCUCUGCGAGGCACAAGAGGGAAAUGCACGUAGAGGAUUGAUGGCUGAUAUCAGGAGCUCUGGUCUCGUUGCACCAGGACCAAUUCAACCAGUGAAGUACACGAUUGCCCCAGUAGUUGCCCCAGCAUUGGCUCCCUUUUAGUCAAUGAAAACACAGAGAAUCAGAACAUAGAUGUGAACUUAGACAAUGAGUAUGCGAAUAAAAACAAAGUAGCACCAAGAUUUUAGUAGCAGGCCAGCUUGAUUGCUUACGCAAGCAUGUGGUGGUUCUGUUAUUUGAAUCAAGGUGUUAUUGUAGGCAGAUAAUUUUAGUCGUUCUUGUAUUCGGAGGAUUAUAGAUAUACUGGAACCACACAAUAAAGGAUUUGGUAUUUUCUA